UGACUUUUCUCUCAUUUAUCAUUCACCUCAAUUUGUUGAUUGUGGUCUGAUUUACCACAGGGUGUUAUAAAAGAUCAGACAGUUGAAAAUAUUUUCUGAAAGCAGUACUACCUUCCAGAAAAACAUUUGUCACCAGAAUUCAAUGCAGUUAUAAAAUGUAGUUGCAGCCUCAGACAGGGUGAAGCAUAUUGGUGAGCAAUUAGAAGGUUGCAGUAUUAGAGUCUCACUCAAAAAAGAAUUGGAAAUUAGCCUGCAAACGAAAAUAGUUGGAGUCUUACUGAAGUUGCUGUUUCAUGCAUAAGAUUUAAGCCAAAUUACUGUAUUGUAGGCCUACUUUUGUUUGAUUUAUUUUAACCGUAAAGUUGAAUGAACCCAUGUUCUUUGGAGUGAUAGUACUGGUGUAUUUGAAUGGCCUGAGGAUCGACUACCAUUGGAUUAUGAUAAGAUUUUGCCCAACAAGACCAUGGCAGAUGAUAUACUUUCUCUGACAGUAAAGUGUUCAUUUUACAAAGAGGGCUGUAAGUGGCAUGAUAAACUAAGAGCAUUACAGACUCACCUUGAAUCAUGCGAGUACAACCUGAUUCCGUGCACUUACAACUGUGGCGCCACGGUGGCCAGGAUGCUAAUGAAUGAACACUUCCGCUACGACUGUCCGAAGCAAAGAUCAAAAUGCGAGUUUUGUGGAGGAGAAUUUCCAGGAGAUAGGCUAGAGGCUCAUAGUGGGAAUUGCCAGUACGAGCUGGUAUUCUGCGAGCACAAAUGCGGAGGUGAAUUACAGCGCAGGUUCCUCAACAAACACAUGUUAAAUGAAUGUCCGAAGCGCACUGUGCCAUGCAAAUACUGCCUCAAAGACUUUGUAUGCGAUACGUUGCAGAACCAUCUGCACCAAUGUCCCCGUUAUUUGAUCGCCUGUCCGAACCGAUGCGACCAGAAGAAGAUUGCACGCGAGGACAUGGAGAAGCAUGUUAGAGAAACCUGUUCGACUUCCAUGGCAGCGACUUGUCCAUUUAGAGAGCAUGGUUGUAAAUUUAGGGGAUCAAGAUAUAGUCUUGAGUCACAUAUCAAAGAAAAUACUAGCCAACACUUGGUUCUUGUAUGUGAAGUUGUCCGCAGACAGAAACGACAGAUUGACUCCCUCACAAAUAAAUUACACGCCCUUAACACUAGUAUGAAUGGAACAUUGUUGUGGAGGAUCACAGACUAUGCGUCAAAAUUUGCAUCUGCUAAAAGUGCACACGGUAUUGAGCUGCGAAGUUUACCAUUUUAUACUAGUCAAUAUGGAUAUAAAUUACAAGCGACCGUUUUCUUGAAUGGGAAUGGUUCUGGCGAAGGCAACUCGCUGUCGCUGUAUAUUAAGGUUUUGUGUAGUGAGUACGAUUCGCUGCUACCGUGGCCUUUCACGCUACCUAUCACGUUUACCCUCAUGGACCAGAGCGACCCACCAAACAAGCGUAUGCAUAUCAAGGAGGCAUUCACGCCAGAUCCCUCCUGGAAAAACUUUCAGAGACCGAGCAAAGACAUCGAGUCUCUUGGUUAUGGUUACCCCACCUUUGUCUCGCACAGUUUCCUACAGAGUCGCAAGUACGUGAAAAAUGACACGUUAUUCAUCAAAGUGACGGUGGACAACUCAAGUGUUAUGGAGAUUUGAAUUAUUUUAGUCCCAUAAAUUAUAUAUAUGACGACUGUUAGACAAUUGAUUUAAAACAUUAUGAUUGUUCUCACAGUAAGCGGCCUCCAUAGAAACUGAAAAAUUGUAUAUACAGCAAGAAAGUGUACAUAAACAACAAUGUCCAGUAAUUGAUAUUUGAGAAACAUAAAAGUAAAGAUAUGGUUUAUGGUGAAAUUAUUGGUGCUAGUACAACAUAAACCAGAGGAAGAGGCAUUUUUCUCAGAACCAUUGAUAAAGAAGAUCAAAUUUUUGGAAGUGGAACUGUUUUAUAAUGGAGAUAACAAGUUUUUAAGACUGAACAUAACUUUAAAUGCGGAAGCUUGAGUAAUGCUGAUGAAUUUCUUGAAGUGUGUAUACAAAGCUAUGUAUAUGUGCCUAUGGUCAUGAUGUGAUGUAGUCAUGACCAUAUUUAGGCAUGUUUUGGACCAGUAUACGGAAAGAUAAAUCCUGAUAUACGUAACUUUUAAAUCAGAACUUUGUCACUGUUAUAUUAAUGUAUGUUUUACACUUUCUCGAUGCCAGUGUUCAUGAAGCAGUAAUGUUAAUGUAUUAGUAUGGAGUUCAGCACAAUGACAGAAGAUGAAUAUUUUAAUGAUGUGCAAUAUUGCUGCUGUCACUACAACUGAUAGCCAGCAUGCAAUUUUCAUUCAGGUAUAGCACCCGGUAGCUAUCGAUACAAAUACAGGCAGACUUAUCCUCUUCAACCUCCUCUUUCUUGUGUUAUGUAAAAUAAUUCUUGCAUUUUCACAUAAAAAAUUAUAAAAUAUAACUAAAUGCAGAAUAAUAUCCUGAAACUCAACCUCAUUUACACUCGGUGCAUCCAUUGAUAUGUUACCCCUGGGCUGGGCCCAGGGUUAUGUGGAUAUUUGUAAUUUAGAGUCUCUUUGGCCUGAAAUGUAACUUGCCGUUGCCAUUAGGUUGUACAUAAAUCAUUGUCUCUUGUGUUUAACAUAAUGUAUCUGUGCCUGUUUGUAUUGUAUCUUAUUUGUAAACAGGGUUGCUGGUAGAAAAAAAGUAAUAUGUAAAAUCACAGGGUAAACAAUGAUUUUCCCUCAAACCUCCUAUCUGGAAUCUAUAGCAGUGAUGGAUCUGUGGCUGCUCUUCUUUGUGUGAAGAAAUUUUUGUCAAUACUAAUAUCAUAUUCAAUUACAGUAUUUGGGGGAUUUUUGUAUACAGAAGUGUUGAUUUUCACAAAAUAUAAUAUUUAAGUGUUAAGCAUUGUUAGAGCAUUUUAAAGAAUUUUAUUUCAAAAUAGGUAGCAACACUGAUGCAACUGUGGGUCGCAACCCACCAAGGGGUCACCACAAUAUUUUGGUGGGUCUUGAAGCCUUGACAGAAAUCAUCAAAUUCGCUAGCUCUAGUCUUCUAUUAAUAUAUACUGGAAAUAUACAUAGAAAGAUGUGUUAUUUUGUAAUAAUGUUAAACUUGACUCUAAUACAUGGAAAUGAAACAUGUUGUAAAA